CGUGCACCCACUCGCAAUUAUAUUGCCACGACCCUGACUGUCAGACAUCACCACAUAUCGAACCACGCUGCGCCGCAUCCCAUUCCCCGACCACCGACGACCCUCACACGCGCCGCGCAUUCUUAUACUUCACCACCUCCCACGCUGGAGCGUUGAACAGCGGCUUCGCCAUGCCGCAGGAAAACAUGGCUUCGUCCAGGAGUUCAGUGGCCAGGAAACUGGCCCCUAUGAACAACUUUGUCUACGAUAUUCUGCUAUGGACUUUUUCUAUCCUCGUCGACCUUUUCUUCCGCGAGGUGCAUCCUAGGAGCUCUUGGAAAGUGCCGCGCAACGGCCCCGUCAUCUUCGUCGCGGCGCCUCAUGCCAACCAGUUCGUGGACCCUCUAAUUCUGAUGCGCGUCGUGCGCAUGGAGUCGCAGCGCCGCAUUUGUUUCCUCAUCGCCGAGAAGUCGAUGCGCCGAAAGUUCAUCGGGUGGUUUGCGCGCAACGUCGGCGCGCUGCCCGUCGGCAGAGCCAUGGACAGCACCAGGCCCGCCGAGGGCAAGAUUUACCUCCCAGACCCGGUCAACGACCCGACGCUGGUUCGCGGCGUGGGCACAAACUUUGAGGGCAAGGAUUUCCAGGUCGGCGGGCUGGUCGUCUUGCCGAGCGUCAACAACACGGCGGCCAACGCGGAGAUUCUAGAGGUCCACGGCCCCGAGGAGAUUAGGGUUAAGAAGCCGUUCAAGGGCGCUGUGGCUCUGAAGCAGCUCACUGGGCGCGACGACAUCAGCGAGGAUGGCAAGAUUAUGAACGGCGACGGCAGAACCGGCCCCGCUGACGGCUUCGAGGGCACCAAGUUCAAGGUCGCGCCUAAGGUCGACCAGAGCAAGGUCUACGAUGCCGUUUUUGAGAAGCUGAACGAUGGCGGCUGUGUUGGUAUCUUCCCGGAGGGUGGUAGCCACGACCGGACCGAGCUGCUUCCACUCAAAGCUGGUGUUGCCAUCAUGGCGCUCGGCGCUCUUGCAGCCAACCCGGAAAGCGGCCUGAAGAUUGUGCCCGUCGGCAUGAACUACUUCCACGCUCACAAGUUCCGUUCGCGGGCCGUCAUCGAGUUCGGAACGCCGGUCGACAUUCCUCCUGAGCUUAUUGAUCUCUACAAGAAGGGCGAGCGUAGGGAGGCCGUUGGACGUCUUUUGGAGCACGUCUACAACGCUCUCGUUGCGGUGACUGUGACCAGCCCUGACUACGAUACACUGAUGUUGAUCCAAGCUGUCCGCCGUCUCUACAACCCCAAGGGCAAGAAGCUUCCGCUGCCGAUGGUCAUCGAGCUGAACCGCCGACUGGUCAAGGGUUACACAAAGUACAAGGACGACCCGCGCAUCGUCAACCUGAAGAAGGCCGUGCUUGACUACAACAAGAGGCUCAUGCAGCUCAACAUCCGCGACCACCAAGUCGAAUACGCAAAAUUCUCCAUCCACAAGGUCGUCUUCAUGCUGCUGUACCGCGUCGCCAAGCUGACGCUCCUGUCCCUCGGCGUGCUCCCAGGCCUGAUCCUGUUCGCGCCCGUCUUCAUCAUCGGCAAGCGUAUCUCGAUCAAGAAGUCCAAGGAAGCCCUGGCGGCAUCGACAGUCAAGAUCCAGGCGCGCGACGUCAUGGCAACAUGGAAGCUGCUCGUGUCGAUGGCGCUGGCGCCAGUCCUGUACAACUUCUACACGAUCCUGUUGACAUACUGGACGUACCGCAACCGGGUGCAAGGCUACAUGCCGGACAGCGUGCCGCUCUUGGGCGUGGUGCUCUUCGGUUGGGCCUUCUUCCCGACAAUCACGUACGCGGCGCUGCGAUUCGGCGAAGUAGGCAUGGACAUAGUCAAGUCGCUGCGGCCGCUGAUCCUGUCGCUCAACCCCAGCUCGAACAACACGCUGCACCGGCUGCGCGAGACGCGCGCGGCACUGGUGCGCCAGCUCAACGACGUCAUCAACGACCUAGGGCCCGAAAUGUACCCGGACUUUGACCACGCGCGCAUCAUCGCCGACCCCUUCCACGAGGACCAGCAGCCGGUUUCGCCGUUCAGCGCUGUCGCGGGCUUGCCGCCCAAGCACGAGCGCCACGCCUCGGACCACAGCAUCGACAGCGCUCCGGCCAGCCCGACAGGCAGCCACGCCGAGUCUGGCGGCGGCCUCCCGCGCAACGAGAGCUUCAAGAACCUCGGAAACAUCGCGCUGUUUGCGACACGUCCGACGACGCCGCUCAAGGCGCGCAGUCGUAGCAGCUCUGGCGCGAAUCUGUCCGGCCUCCAUGGCUUUAGCAGUCUGGAUCAGAAGGGCGGGUUCGAGGAGGUGAGCAGUAAGAUUCGCGGCGCGAUGAGGGAGCGUGGUCAGCAGAGGCGGAGGAGUAGUGCUGGGUGGGAGAUUGGCGGUGCGGGGAGUGGGGCUACGACGCCCGGGAGUGAGGUUAGUGGGGGGUGGGAGGGGGUGAAGAAGGAUAGGUAGGUUGGUUGGGUUUGGGGUUUGUUUGUUCGUUGGUGUAAGGGGAGGGGGGCUUAGGGGGGUGUAUAGAGGUGGGGUUGGGGGUUUGGUUGGGGUUGUGGAUGCUGAGCGAGUGAGUGAGCGAGUGAGCAAGUGAGUGAGUGAGUGAAUAAACGGGAUGGUCGGUUGGUCGGUCGGUUGAACGAAUUGGGGUGCUGAGAUCGGUGGAGAGAUGGUUGAUGAGUGGUUGUAAGUACCUAGGCAUUGCUGGAUGGAUGAACGGGGUGGGUGGUGGGAAAAGCAAAGGAAGGAAAGACGCGAAGGAAAGAAGAACGGGCAGGCAGGCGUACAGUGGUAAUCAUUUCAAAGUAUAUAUCAAGUUAUUCUUCGUGUGCUUCUUGUUGUUGCUGUUCUUGGACAUUCUUGGACGUGUUUUGUGG